UGCGCGUGUUCCGUCGCCACGCCUCUGUGCGUUUUCCUCCGCGCGUUGAUUUCAUACCAAACUCAUACUUGGCAUUCCGCCUUUUUCUGUCAAACACGAUUAUUUUUACCGAGAAACUACUCGCGAUACACAAAGCAAAACUGCUCUAGAAGCCCCGGUGUGCGGAGAGGAGUGUGUGCCUGUAGCAGAGGGGCAGCAGAGCCAUUGUAAGGUGUGUUGUGGCCAGGAGCCGUCAUCAUUGCGUCGGAGUGGAGUUGCCGUGGCAGCCCUGACGGGGCGCAGGAGGAUGGCGGCGAUGGAGAGGGCCUGGGAGACGGGGCGGACCGCGGAUUGGACGGCGACCCCGAGGGCGUGUGGAGUCCAGACAUUGAGCAGAGCUUUCAGGAAGCUCUGGCCAUCUACCCUCCCUGCGGCAGGAGGAAGAUCAUACUUUCAGAUGAGGGGAAGAUGUAUGGUCGAAAUGAGUUGAUAGCUCGCUAUAUCAAGCUACGAACUGGGAAGACGCGCACACGCAAACAGGUGUCUAGUCACAUUCAGGUUCUGGCACGUAAGAGGGUACGAGAAUACCAGACCAGCAUCAAGGACCAGGUAUCCAAAGACAAGGCACUGCAGACAGUAGCCAACCUCUCAUCAGCUCAGAUUGUGUCUGCUAGUGUAAUGAAACCCCAGACUCCGUUCCCUCCGCCAGUCAGAUUUUGGCCUGGCCCUGUGCCAGGACAGCCUGGACAUUCUCAGGACAUCAAGCCCUUUGCACAGCCACCGUACACUACACUACCAGCCCCUGUCCCUGCUCCCAUCAGCUAUGAGCCCGUGCCUCCCCCACGCCCUGCAGUUCCUGUAUGGCAAGACAGAACCAUCGCCUCAGCAAAACUACGGCUACUGGAGUACUCUGCUUUCAUGGAGAUCCAGAGAGACAGGGAGACGUAUAAACACCUUUUUGUACUCAUUGGCCCAUCAAACCCGGGCUACAAUGACCCCAUAUUGGAGUCCAUAGAUGUCAGGCAGAUUUACGACAAGUUCUCUGAGAAGAAAGGAGGCCUGAAAGAGCUGUAUGAAAAAGGGCCGCACAACGCAUUCUUCCUCGUGAAGUUCUGGGCGGACCUGAGCAGCGACAUCGAGGAGGGAUCCGGUGUGUUCUAUGGUGUGAGCAGCCAAUACAGUGGAACAGAAAACAUCACCAUCAGUGUCUCAACAAAGGUCUGCUCCUUUGGCAAACAGGUGGUGGAGAAGGUUGAGACAGAAUAUGCACACAUGGAAGGAGGAAAGUAUGUGUUUCGCAUCCAUCGUUCUCCCAUGUGUGAAUAUAUGAUCAACUUCAUUCACAAGCUCAAACACUUGCCAGAGAAGUACAUGAUGAACAGUGUACUGGAGAACUUCACCAUCCUACAGGUGGUGUCCAACAGAGAAACUCAGGAGACUCUGCUGUGCAUCGCCUUUGUGUUUGAAGUGUCCACGAGUGAACACGGAGCACAGUACCACGUUUAUCGACUAGUUAACGACUAGCAGCACUUUGUGUGCGUGCAGAGACUCUCCACAGACUUUUUGAUACAUACAGCAUAAAUACUAUUUCCAGCUCAAACACACAGAAUCUCCACUCCUCUACUCUAAACACACUUUUUUUUAACAGACCAACAGUCACACUGUAGUCACACCUGUUGCUGUUCUUUCCUCUUCUUUACUGUGAGUGCAUUUCCGUCGCUACAAACAAUACACACACGUCUCAACAACUUACAAUGACCUAAACACUGAGGUGAAUUUCAUUUUUAUAGAAUUUGACCAAAACGAUAAUGAUCAGUAAGUGUUGUGAUGUUAUCAGUGUGUUAUCCAGUCACAUAAAUGUGUCACCUAGUGAAACUGAUCUCUCAAUGACUGCGUUUACAUGCACAAAAUAUUCAGAUUUUUGCCUUAUUCAUAAAAAGACAAUAUUCCGACUAAGCUGUUUACAUGGUUAAUGAAAAUCAAUAUUCCUGUAUACAUGCAGCAGUGCAUACUCGGAUUAAUGUGCCCUAACAUGACAUCUGUCACGUCAAAAUUGCACUUCCAUUUGGCUUCUUUGCGUCAAAAUAGAACUUUUUUUAAAAAAAAAAUAAAAAAAAUUUGACAGUGCAAACAGCCUCCCUUAAUUUUAUGCUUCAAACACGUUCUUGAGAAGUUAGAUGUCGUAAUAUUUUUGCAACACCUUCCUUCUGACCAGAAAUGAGGGCUUUUCUUCCAUGACAGUGCACAGAGCUGACAGUAAACCGGUAAGAGGCCGUGUGUCACAGACUGUGGUGAAAACCUCAAGUUUUCCAAUGUCCAAAGAAUGCUCGUCAAACCUGAAUAAUACCGGCAUAUCCCACAUGUCUUAAUCGGAAAAUUCCACAUUCAGAAUAAGGCCUCAUUCAGAAUAUCUAAAUGGAAUAUGUCACAUACAUGACCUGUAAUAAAUUCAAUGUGCAUGCAAACGUAGUCAGUGUCAGGCUCAAAAUAUCACGGUUCAUUAUAGGCAUUAGGUUUUUCUUUUUAAUGAGAAACUUAAAUCACUGACAUAUGAUAAAACAUACAAAAGAAACCAGCAAACUCCAUUUAAUCAAGUUUAAUAUGUGAUAUUGUUCAAUCAUUCACAUAAUAUACAAUAGCGAUGUAACUGUGGUGCACUACAAACGAAUACUGUCAUUUCCAGGGAGUUUUCCGAGCAUAUGCAUUCACGUCAUGGGUGUGACUGAUGUGAGACGAGUUUGAAUAUAGGUUGGCAAUCAAAUCAUUUAAUCAGUGUUAAUGUAACUUUUACCACAAUGACUAUCUCUUCUCUGUAAGGUAGGAAAGGAGUGAAUGUGUAAUGGUGUAUCCUCUGUCACUGCUCAGUGUGGAGAAUCAUGAUCUCCAGGUGGUUCAGUCUGAACUGUAAGGAUCCUACGACAGAAAGUAUGAGUGAGCCUCUUCCCAGAAUUCAAUGCACUACAUGUAGAGACCUAUAUUUAUAUUUGAAAACACAUUGUCAAAGUGUAAAGAGAGCCAUCCUCGCUGUGUAAAGGUUUGCAGAGGAAGGGAAGAUGUUUCGAUCAAAUGUCAAGGAGGUGAUUUGACGUUUGGCCCACGUGUCUUUGGAAACAGUUUCAGAUUCAGUUCACACUUUAGUGUCAGCAGCAUUUUGAAUGAAAGAAUGAUCUUUUACUGUUCAUUUACACAAUCCUGUUUUUACUCUGACUGUGUGGGCUCGCUGCAGUAUUUCUACCUCCACGUGAGUUGGGAUAAGAAUGUGCUUUGGUUCAUAAAGCCUUAACCUGAGGAGCACUGAUGUAUAGGACACUACACUUGUAAUGGUACUGUUUAUAAGCCAAAACAAGGUAAAUAGACCCGUUUUUGUAAAGAUGAACUAUCUUCUUUUUGUAUUUUACCAGCACAGCUAGAAGUGUUACUCUAAGCAUCAGAAAUGAUGGGUGUUUUGGUUGUGUCUUUCGAUGUAUGUUAAAUGACGUAUGGUACAGACCACACUAAGGUCACCCACAGAGCACUGGGGUAGAUUUUUGUCUGAUAACACUAACAAAGUAUCCAGCUUACACUUGCUUUUUUUUUUCUUUUGUUCUGUGUAAUGUGUUGGUUUCUGGUACAUGUUGCUACCAGCAAUUUUUUUUUUUAUAGUAAAUGUUAUUUGACUCUAUUACGCCCUCUCCUGGCAGGAUUAUCUUUAACCAGACUGAAGGCAACUGAUUUGGAAGUCGGAGCCGACUGGUUCAGUUUUUAAUUAACCAUAUUCACUUAAUGGUCAGCAAAAAAAUGUAUUCUUUUAUUUUUUACCAUCAGUGUACUCUGGUUGGCUGUGCCUCAUCACUCCUUUGGUCGAGUCUGCUCAGUGAAUAAAAUCUGUGCCUUUAUGCUGUACCAAUAAAAUCACAUGGUGUUUGCAGAAUUA